ACAAACAAAUAUAUAAAUAAAUACAUUAGAGAGUCCAAACUCUCAAGAUGUGUUACAUAUAUGUAAAAAGUAUUUAUGAUAACACACACACACACACACACACACACACAGGGUUGCAGCUAGGCCUCAUCUUUAAAGUCAGUCCCUAAUCCCCAGCUCUAAUCUGGUCACUGGGUCACUGGGGUGCUGCCUAAUAAUCAUACCACGUCUCCGUCCUUCUUCUACCGUACACGAUAAACACCAUCAUGGCAACUGCAGGACACUUCAUCUUCUCAGUGCUUGUACUGGGCAUAACUCUUGCGGCAGCGUAUGUCGAAGAACUCGAUGACAGAUUUAACGAGAUGCGUAAGAGUGAGUCCUGGCUGGUGGAAUUUUACGCUCCGUGGUGUGAAUAUUGUAAAACCUUCGAGCCGACAUGGUACGACGUCGCGGCCGAGCUGAAGAGUCAAGGCUCCCACGUCAACGUGGGCAAAAUGGACGCCACCGUCUACACCGAUGCUGUCACAGAGUUUACAAUCCGUGGAUAUCCUUCUAUCAUCUUUAUAAAAGAAGAGAAGUACUUUCACUACAAUGGCCGGAGGACGAAAGACGACAUCCUCGAAUUCACCAACAGAGUAUCUGGUCCUUCUGUGCGAGCUCUGACCAGCGUACGGCUCUUCCAGUACGCCCUGAGCCACCAUCAGCUUUUCUUUGUUUACAUCGGAGGGAGGUCACCGCUUAAGGGACAGUUUUAUAAAGUGGCGUCUGAAUUUGUCACCCACAACUAUUUUUUCUCCGCCACCGUGGACGUUUUACCGCAGGAAGUCACGCUGCAAGACGUUCCCUCCGUCACGGUGUUCAAAGACGGGACGUACAGCGUCUACAACGAGGUUCGCGACGGCGAUCUUUCCUCCUGGGUGGACCGUGAACGUUUUCCUCGUUACUUCCUGAUGGACAGCUUCUCAUUGUACCAGAUGGGCGAACGAACUAAACUUGUAGCUGUAGCCGUUGUGGAUGAGAAAAACCCAUCUGCAGAAAGUAUUCGUUAUAAGAGCCUUGUGGAAAAGGCGGCCAGAGAAUACAGCCACCAGUACAGCGCGAACUUUCAAUUUGGCUACGUGGAUGGAAACGACUACAUUAAUGGCGUUAUAAUGGGAGAGUUGCCAGUCCCUUCUCUCAUUGUGAUGAACAUGUCCAUUGAUGGAUAUUAUCUACCUGGAUAUACAGUUGAGACCAUUGAAGAUCUUCUCCAGUUCCUCGAUAGCAUCCUGACUGGGAAAUCUGAGUUACUCGGAGGGAACGGAUUCCUGCGGCAAAUAAAGAGACUUUAUUAUCAUGCGACGUCUGCUUUGAAGACGAGUUUCGCAUCAUCUCCCUUCGGUACAUGUUUUCUUAUUUCCUUGCCGUUGGUCGUGAUUGGAUUCCUCGUCGUGGGAAUCUGCACGGCCGAGCGGGUGGAUGAUGAGAAAGCAGACGAUGGAGCUCAUCCUGAGGUCACUCAAAGGAAGAGAGCGGCGGUGAAACACUCUGAAGCCAAGAAAAAGGAUUAACGUGACCAUAAGCACGGCAGCGGUUCCCAGCCCUGGUCCUCGAAUGCCAUUACUUUGAACAUUUGACAGUUUCUCUGCUCUACCACGCACACAUUGACUCAGCAAAGGGCUGUUAGUUAGACAAAUUAGUUUAAUUAAAGCAGAAAAAUCUGUGAAAUAGUCUACAGAUCUGGGAACCACUGUUACGAUAUUAAAAUUCAUUAAUCAUUUACGGAAACGCAGAUGUUAAAAUUAUAUUAAUAAAAAAUCUCAUCAUUUAUUAUUUGUAAAGCAUUUUGUAACUUUUUCUGACUAACAGCACGGAUGCUGGGGUCGUCAUGGAAUUAUCAUUUAAGCAUCAUGAAGUAAGGGGAAAAAAAACAUACUGUGUCAUGAUGAUAUAGGAAAAUCAACAACAGGGUGGUGUAACGAAGCAGAAUUACGUUUAUUCCAUCGAAGUCGAUUGUUUUAAAAAAAAAAUAAAUAAAUAAAUAACAGCACAGAGCAAAGUGUUUUAUUCCUCUAAAACCACAUCAUACUUUUUUUUUUUUUUUUAAAUCCACUUAU